UCAACUCCGGAGAUUGGUCUCUGGCUCCGCCUCCUUCCCCCCCCCUUCCAAAGUUAAAAGCAGAGGUAAAAGGGGCGCGGAAGAAAAGGGGUGGUUGUCUGUCCGUUCAUUGUCCGCUCGGGCUCAGAUCAUGUGACCGGAAGUAGUGUCCGGUUCGCUUCCCAGGACUUCCGCUUUUUUUCGCUUGGAUCUUCUUGACGCUGGAGACGGGCGCCUGAUAGGGGAACUGCUGACCCGCCAGAGAUGAGCCACUGACGGAGUCACGGAUGUCAGCUUUGCACAUGCUUAGCAGCCGUUUCACCGGUUUGUCUGAGGAUGACCAAGCCAUUGAGCUUACAGAACAGUGACUUGGAGCAAAGCCUUCCCACCAUUGCGUCCUCGCUUUCAUAUACUCAGGGUUUUUCUCCACACUACUACCACUCUCCUGAAAGGAGAAGAGCCAUCUCUGAUGUCCGGCGGACCUUCUGCCUCUUUGUGACUUUUGAUCUCCUCUUCGUUUCACUCCUCUGGAUCAUUGAGCUGAAUACCUCUCAAAAUCUCAAGAAGAGUUUAAGAGAAGAAAUCGUUGACUAUGAUUUUAAAACAUCAUUUUUUGACAUAUUUGUCUUGGCUUUUUUCCGGUUUUCGGUGCUGCUUCUAGGGUAUGCUGUCUUAAGGAUCCGACACUGGUGGGUUAUAGCGAUCAGUACGUUUGUUUCCAGUAUCUUUCUGGUAAUGAAAGUAAUCUUCUCACAGCUGUUGAGCAAAGGGGCUUUUGGCUAUCUUCUGCCCAUUGUUUCCUUUGUCCUUGCCUGGCUAGAAACAUGGUUUCUGGACUUUAAAGUCUUACCUCAGGAGGCCGAGGAAGAACAAUGGUACUUGGCAGCUCAGUCUGCUGCGGCCCGUGGACCCCUUCUGUAUUCAGGGGCGCUUUCUGAUGGGCAGUUCUAUUCCCCUCCAGAAUCUGCUGCAGGAUCAGACGAUUCAGAUGAUGAGCUUUUAGGGAAGAGGGCGCUAACAGAUGAGGAGAGAGAAUAUGUCCGGCAAGGCAAAGUGGCGAUGGAGGUGAUGGAACAGAUCUUAGCCCAAGAGGAGAACUGGGUCUUUGAGAGAUGCACUGAGUUUGGUGACACCAUCCACUCCCUGGAAAUGCCGUACUAUGGCAAGGUUUUCAUCCUCAAGGCUGUUCUCCAGUGUCCUCCUGAGAUAAUCUAUCAGGAGAUGAUUCUCCAGCCAGAUAAGAUGGCCCUCUGGAAUAAAACCUUGUUAGCAUGUCAGAUCUUGCAACGUGUGGAUGAUAACACAUUAAUAUCCUAUGAUGUGGCAGCUGGAGCCGCAGGCGGCGUGGUGUCACCCAGGGAUUUUGUAAAUGUGCGCCGGAUUGAGAGAAGAAGAGACCGAUACAUUUCAUCAGGGAUGGCAACAACCCACAAUUCACGACCUCCUAUUUCCAGAUAUGUCCGAGCGGAGAAUGGUCCUGGUGGUUUUGUGGCGCUGAAAUGUCCCAGUAAUCCGAACCUCUGCACCUUGUUCUGGAUCCUGAAUACAGACCUGAAGGGCCGACUUCCCCGAUACCUCAUCAACCAAAGUUUGGGUGCCACCAUGACAGAGUUUGUGUUCCACCUGCGCAAACGGGUUAUGGAGGUCACCGCAAAGUCUUAAGUUCACAGAACUUCUUUUCCUGAUGUUGCCUUUUGAGCGUGCUCAAAAAAAAAAAAGCAAGGUCCAAAGAACUGGGGUGUCUUUUCUUCCUACCCGUGUUUGGAGUCAUAUCUUGCAGCUGACCUCAAGGACAAAAACCUUUUGCGGUGUCUUCGGGAGGGCAAGAAAUUAAAGGACUGAAGAAGACGAUUACCUGGCAGGCUUAAGACAAGAUAGCAUAUGGUCCAAAUUGCUACAAAUGAGAGAAGCAUCAAAGUGAUUUGCACUGGAGAUGAAGGCUAACAGGGCUACUGGAACUAGAGCCAUUUCUGCAUUAGGAUGUGCCAAAUUCCUUUAUAAACAUGCUUCCAGAAUCUGCUAAGUGCUUAACUAAUUUUUGUCUUAUGUACUCUUGCUCCUUCCCUGGGCAUGACCGCAUUAUGCCGACUGCUGUGAACUCAUAACGCCUUCCAUGACAGAGUAGAAGUGCCACACUGUCAUCCUGCAUAUGCAGUGAUAUGGCCCAAGUGCAGUAGGCUCUCCCAGAGUGUUUUCUGGCCACUACUGUGUCAAGAUUAUUUUUACUCAAGAGCUGUAUGGUCCACUGGCUUCCUGUGCAUUUUGGAGGUUCAGCUUCCCAGACAUAUGCCCAUCAUAUCUUGGAAGAGAUGACAACUAGGGGAAAAGAAACCAGCUAUCGGUCAAAUCCGCCUGGACUUCAGUGAAGCACUAAGCUGACAUCUUUCCUGAUCAUGCUGCUAUCUCCAUUCUGUCGUGUUCCCUCUAAUUUCUCCUUCCUGUGGGCAGCAAGGGCUGUGAAAUAAGUGUCUCUGCCGACUAAACUGGAAGUGAUAUUCUAGACAAGCUUCUGUUGUGGCUGACAUUUCCUGGAUUUCAUUAUGAUCUUCUAUUCUAUUGAAGUAGGCUGGAAACAGAGACCGGGAUCCAUAAUUCAUGUACACCUCAGUUAUUUCAGUCUUUUAUUCAGAAGUAGAGAACAGAAGGCCCUUUCCAGCAGUGAUGAAAGAGGUGUGUGUGUCUAUGUCUACAUGUGCACUCACAUGAGUACCUAUAUCUCCUUAGAACCUUCAUGUCCAUCAUCUGUUGUCAGAAUUGAAGGAUUGUUUCUUCCCUGCUGUUGCAUUUGCCCAUUCAUUCAUGGGCAUUGCAACUUUUCAUAUGAAGGCUAGUGGAUAUAUUAGAGGAGAGCAAGGCACCUGAUAUUUGGUGGAGGGAUGGGUUUUUCAUUUAGGCUCUGAUUUAGGACAGAUCAGCGGAACAAGUGUUGAGAAAAAAGAUUAGCCCUUAAUUGCUGGCUUCAUCAGCUCUCCUGCAUCCAAUAUGGAUGUGAUUGUUCUCCAGGUAAAAACCUAGAAUUCCCACAGACAAAUGUGCACAUUCAACAACUUGAGUUCCUGUAGUGUUGCAUAUGCUCUUCUUUUCCAUAGUAUCUGUCUUCUGAAUAGAAAACUUGACGAGGAGUUGUCUGAACCUGCCAUUUUCAAAAUCAACAUUUCAAAUCUUUAAAAGGGUCAGCUUUGGGAUACAUGGUUUAGCUUGAGGCAGGAGGGAAGGAAGAAAUUCAGGCAGAAGUGAGAUGCCUGUACUUCACAGAAACAUAAUAUCUUUGAUGCACAGAGCUAACCUAACUGGGUCUACAUGCAAGCAAAGGCAGUGACUGGGUGGAGGAGGAUAUUUUUGGGGAAUGGAGUAGAGGAGGCUGACUUAGGGUUGGUAGCUUUUCACUCUGACAGGACUCUUAUCCUGUAAAGGCUCCAUAUAGAAAUGGAAAAUUCAGCCAGCUUGUAGCUUUUCCUCUGAAAGAUAUGAUGACAAAAAUGGCUUGAGCAGAUGAAAUUAUUCCUUGUAUCUUAUUUUAAGUGACACACCUGCAUCCAGUCACCCUCACCAGAUUGGGCCUCUAAAAUGUGGGAUAGAGAAGUCUCCGAAAUUCUUGAUCUCUUUCUACUGUAGUGAAGAUAAUUUGUUUUAAGGUACAUUGGCUUUGAAGAGUUUCCAUUUACUGUAAUGAGCGUCUUCCUGCUCCGCCACAUCCCUCCCUGGUUCUUUUAGUGCAGCCCUCAGAUUAUAUUGGACAAACACUGCAUAACAUUUGCUGCUCAUUCUCAUGACUUUGCAUUGAGGAGAAGACUCCUUAAGAGAAACAUGCAUCUUUUUUUUAAGGUAUCAGCAUCUGAAUUGGAAAGUCUAACUUCUCAUACAUUCUCUUUGUGCUCUCGAUGCAUGUGAAAACCCUGAGGCAAGCUUCCGAAUCAGAAGGUUAUAAAGGAGAGAGAGGACAUAAAUGUACUAUGUCAGAAUUCCUGAGUUGUCAUAUAGAUGCUGAGCUUCCUCAAGAACUAAAUAGCGAGCCUGGUUCCCACAUUUUAUUUUAUUUUAUUUUGCCGCCUUUAGGGCCUGUCCCUUUCAGGCCUUAAGGCCUUCCACUCCGCACGAACCUUUCUCUCCUCCCGUCAUGGAAUGCCACUCCCUUCCUUUCCCAUUUGUAUGUUUGCAUCACUGUCCUUUCAUCCCAUGUAAUGGUGAAGCUCACAGGAAAUGCAAUCCCCUCUAUAUGUGAGAUCUUUGCCAGAAUGAUGGGAGCUUGCAAGAUGCCUCACUCGCUGCAGCAAAAGCUGUGCCAUCUACUCGGACAUGAUGCUGAACUGCCAGCAGUGUGAACAACAGUAAAAAAAAGAGACCUGCCAUUCAGAGAAAUUCCCUCCAGAUUACUUUUAGGAUACAGUACUUUUUAUAUGGUCUGCCACCGUGAGAGACUGAAAGGAGUUCCCAUUUUCCAAGUAUCAGCCAUUAAUCAUGUUAAAGCGCCUUGGGUACUUUGUAAGCCUUCGAUGUGGACUGUGGAAAGAAGCCUGCGGACGUUGUGACCCUAAUACACAUAAUUGUUUGCUUUGAUUGUGUGUGUGUGAGAGGGGUGGAUUUCCACAGCUCAUUAAAAAAGCCACUUGAAUAACACACAUGCCUUUUGCAUCAAGUCUUUAUGACUAAUCUAAUAAAAUCUUAGAAAAAGAUAA